AUGGACUUCAGAGCAGCAAAUACCUCAAUUGUUUCUGUCUCGCCCAAACUUGCAUAUUUUUGCGUCUACAACCCCUCCCUUGGGACUACUGAGGAGACGCAAGACAAGCAAGUUUUGUUUUAUGCUGCACAUGAUGAAGUUCCAAUCGAUGUACAAGUUCGACAGACUGGUCUAGCUCAGGCACUUGUAAACUUUACAAAAGUGUUUUCCCUCUCUAAACCAUGUGAAAAUGUACAUACUCAGAAGAACAGGCUUGCGUUUCUGGAGCCCGAACCAGGGUAUUGGAUUCAUAUUUCUGUGCAUUUAGGUUAUCUCCAGAAAAUGGUAAAAACCAAAGAUGGCAAGAUCAAACCGAUUUUCGAGUAUCUCGACGAGAAUUUGCACGAUUCGGAAAUAAGAAAAAUGCUCGAGCUCGGGUAUGAGUUGUUUCGGUUAUUCAAUGGAACAUUUAGCAGCAUUGUGAAGAAUUCAGGAAUAUCAGGCUUGAAGUCAAAACUGUCGGAAUUCUACGGGACUUGGGUAUUUGAAUGGGAUUGGGAAAAGACCGAAUUAACCAAGAUCAUCGAUGGAAUGUAUUAUCUUCCACUUCCUGGUUCACCGCAUACUUGCGUCACGUCGCUCGUAACGGCAUUAGAAAAAGAUUACGACAUGAUCUCCAAUACUUUUGUUUUAUGGAAUAAUAAACUUUUAUACAUACCAACGUUUAGAGGCCUAACACGAAAUCUAUCCGGAAGUAAUCUAUUCUCAUAUUUCACAACAGGAUUCUCACAAAAUACAAACACUGAGAACACAACUAAAGACGCCGCUUCAUCAGAUUCAACUACAGUAUCUGCUCUUGCUGCGAAUUUUCUGACCGGAGUACCCGUCGAUUCCGAAGAAAAUGGUACCAGCCCUCUAACUGUUCAUCUUCAUAAAGUCGGUUCGCAAGUCGGCAAGAACGUUGCGAAGGAGGAGAACGUUGAACAUUAUCUUGUUGCUUAUAAGCAUGAUUCGCUUAUAGUCGGUUUUCUAAUACCCAGUAGCAAACCGUCAAUGUCCACUAACAUCCGAAGCUUGGGUUUCUAUCAAGCCCUCGAUGAUUAUCUAUCUACACAUAUCGAAGGCAUAAGCAAUCUUCUGAAAGAAGGCAAUGAUCAUUCGAGGAAAACUGGAGCGGAUGUAGAUAAAGAAUAUCGAUACUUGUUUUGUAACAAGUUAACCUUGGCCGUAAGAUCGUCCAUUUAUUCGCCGGCUGGCAAAGGCCUUGCCAUCAAUACGGAGAUGGCGCAUGUUCUAUGUAACCUGCACGAAGAUAUGGAAAAGUAUCAAAAUUUAACAGAAAUCUAUACACGAUCGUCGAAUAACUUUUGGGUAGUUGGCAAGAGACACGAUGGCCGCGAAUUGUACGUAAUAGUCGAGAAGAAAGAUGCAAAGUUGGCAGAAGUUGAAGAGGAUGUAAGAAGACUAACAGCCUUGUAUUUCUCUGGUAUAUUUAUGGAUUGA